AUGAUGAUGAACUUCCACACAACCUAAGGUUUCAUCCAAACCGACCCCCUGGAAUACAGUUCAGGGUACAAACCCAGAAAGAGAUCCAGGAACAUUCUACUCCAUUAUCAUUUUACCGAAAAUUCUUUCCAAAUGGCAUAAUGGAAAGACUAGUCCAGAAUACAAAUGUGUAUGCAAGGAUUCAGAUUAUUGCUAAAACAUCUUAUGCAAAUCAUGAUGGAUCAUGGGAAGGGCGCCUGGAUAUGCACUCUCCCAAAACUGAUGUUUUGAACAAUUUUCUAGUUUUGAAUUCCCAACUUAUUCAGUGAAACAAGAUAUUUCAGUGCUUUAAAACAUGAAAUACAAUACAUAGUGCCAUCCUCUAAAAUUAUUAGACUGAAGCAGCUGAACUGUUAUUGAAUUUCUUAUUGGGAAUGGAGCAACCAAACAUGGG